AUGUUCGAGGGACUUUGUGAUGAAAUUGGUACCUCACAACUAGUGGCUAUGAGGAGAGAUUUGGCGGACAUCUGUGAAAUGGUGGAAAACCAUGUAAGAACAAUUGAUGAGAACAGUGAAAUGAUGAGUGGAAGUAAGAGAGAAGGAUUCAGACUGAAAGGAUCAGAUAUAGAUACGAUGUUCUGGCCAAAUAAUCACCGUGUGCUCUGGGACUUAUCUCAGUCUCAGUAUUACAACACACAUAGAAAAACAGUUACACUGAUCCUCUGUGACUGUUCUGAUAGUCCACCAGGAUUCAUUUUGUUAUAUCUUCUGUCACCAAGCAUGGACAGACAUGUCCAGGAAGCUUGUGUUAGAAUGAAGAACAGGAAUUAUAUAUCUAGCUCUAAAUAUACACAGAUCAAGUGUUCUGAAUCACCAUUUAAUGACAAUCCACAUGGACCCUGCGUUAGCGGGAUUGAUGGAGAAAUAGAAUAUGAUAAUGCCUACUGUUUUGUCAGUGAUUUUUGGCCUCCAUCUGCCUCCGCAUGGAUAGACAGAUGUCAGUCAUGGCCCCGACCUCAUGUUGUGGAUGAUAUAGUAAAGAACGGAUGUCACUUGGUAGCAAUCGGUCAUAAGCUAGGCAUAUACGAAGAUCAUGAAUGGAGAAUUUCUUUCUCUCUGGCAGAAAAUAAACUUGUGUGCACAAUGAACCACUGUCAAUUCUUAACUUAUGGCUUGCUUAAAUUGUUCUUAACUGAAAUAAUUAACCGUGGGUUAGAUGAUGAUGAUAAAUUACUGUGUUCCUAUCACAUGAAGACAGCCGUUUUCUGGGUAAUUCAACAAAGUACAAUACUUCACUGGUGUCCACAAAAUCUCCUGGGGUGUUUCUGGGUCUGUUUUAAACUUAUCCUUAAAUGGGUGUAUGAGGGAGUCUGUCCUAAUUUUUUCAUUCCGGCGAACAACAUGUUUCUGAGUAAAAUUUAUGGUGAAGCACAACAUCAGCUAUUUAUUAGACUGUAUGGGUUGUAUGAGAAAGGUUUUGUUUCCUUGCUAGACAUUACCUCCAUCAGUUCUUACAUUAUUGAUGCCAUCCAUAACCCCAGACUCUCCAUCUGUACAGAUGAACACGCUCUGAUUCCCGAGAUUAAUUUUGAUAUCGAACUCUUUUAUGAAAUGCGUACCUAUGGAUCAUCACUCGAAUUAAACGAUUGUAUCAAAUAUCUACUGACAUUAGAACAUAUGAUAAGUUUACCUCUUUUGACACAGUAUCAAGUCGUUAUGCUACGACGACUUGCAGCUUCUUUCUUACAGCAAACUGCUUUUAUAUUAAACACGGAGGCUUAUUUUCAUGAAAACAAACUGAGGUAUAUAUCUGACAAAAUCUCCCGUCACAUGCUAAACUUAGCAGCCAGAUUCGGUUGUAUUACUGACUUGAUGUACAUAGCCAUGUAUUAUUACAAGACACAUAGAUACAUGGAAGCUUUAUCUAUUAUAGAAAUGACCAAGGUCAAGUUAUCACAGCCAUGUUUGAUGAACAGGCCAAAUGUAGAUGCAGAGAAGUAUAUUGAAGCUGUAGGGGGACAAACCUGGUCUACAAAGAUGAGACAGGCCUUGGCAUGCUAUAUCAAACUUGAGAAUAGAAUCAAUUACAUCAGUGAAUUAGUGCCGGAACAGCAGUCCUCUUUACAUAACAAUGGGACUUCAUUAUAUGUGCCACCCUUUAUAAUGAUGAACAUGCUAGAGGUCUUGUGCUAUACAUAUGUAGACACAGACAAAGCACAAAGAGCUCUAGAUGAUUUACAGACCCUAGUUCACUAUGACGAGGGACAGCUUAUACCUUUAGAUUACAUGGACAUAACGUGGACCAUUCUGGAAAUCUGUCAACAGGUGACAAGAAACCUCUAG